AUGGCAAACGCAAUAAAGGUAGUCAUGCCGCAGUCAGUCCACCGUUUGUGUGCGAGGCACCUUCAGGCCAACUUAACCAGCAAUGCACCUCACCCAGUUUUCAAGGAAAAAUUCAAUGAGCUCCUUUAUCAAUAUUGUGCCAAGGAACAGUUUGAGGAUACAUGGAACAAUAUGGUCUCAGAAUUCCAUCUUCAAGAAAGCCGUUGGGCAAAAACAACUUACGCCAACCGUAAAUGUUGGGCUGAGUGUUUCCUUCAGGGAAACUUCUUCGCGGGUCUUACAACCACCCAAAGGUCCGAGUCAAUCAAUUCCUACCUAUCGCACUUCCUAACGAGCAAACUUAAGCUUAGGGAUCUUGUCGGCCAAGUGGAUGCAGCCAUACAGAACAUUCACCACACUGAAAGGGAGGAUGACUUCAUCAGUAACCACACUUUGCCCAGUAUACCAACAAACGUCCUCCACCAGUACUACCAACAAGUUGCCUCCAUUCUUACUAGGACCAUGUACGAAAAGGUGGCAGAGCAAAUCAGUGGUGCACUUUCGUACUCAGUUGACUCUGCAGAUGUAACAAUUAACAGUCAGUCGUACUACUUGGCACGUUUCCCAAAAGGACUAGUACGGAGUCAAGUGAACUACGACACUGAUGAUGGCCACAUCAAUUGUACAUGUAUGUUGUUCGAGUCCGAUGGAAUUCCAUGUCGUCAUAUAUUCGCUGUUAUGAAGCACUUGAACAUACCUUGCAUUCCAGACUUUCUGUUUAAGGCUAUAUGGAGGAAGGAUGCUAAGAGCUCGGUUGAAUUGAAUGGUUUCCGCCAUUCUAGGGUGCCCGCUGAUGUGUUGGUAUGUAUAAGAUGGGGAUCAUUAACAUCACGAUUCAAUGAAAUGGGAUACUUUGCGACCAAGCAAAGCGACACUUAUGAAGAGGCCAUGAAUGAGAUGUCUCGGAUGGAGGAGAAAUUUAAGUCAAUGUGCUUCAAAUUUUGUAAUCAAUCCAGUGACGCAAACAUUGAGCAAAAUGAGAACCACUCCCACCCAUCUAACAGAGUGAUCCGAGAUCCAACUUUAGUUCAAACUAAGGGGAGGGAACCUAAUAAAAAGUCAAAAGGAAAGGAGAAAGAGCACGAUAACAAGGUGGCUAACAAGAGAAGAUGCAGAAAUUGCAACGAGUUAGGGCACAACAAGGCAACUUGCAAAGUUCAACCUCAAAUUCAAACAACGUAA